AUGCAUAUUGUCUAGUCCUUAUGACUGCAUUCAAUCAUGAUAAAUAAUCAUUGUCCCCGUAUUGUAAAGUGUUACUAGUUGUUGUUUUUUACCAUAGUCUACCUCGAUUCAAUAUUAGCCUGAUUCAUUAUUGACCUAGUAAUCAGCUCUCCCUUUUAAAAUACUUAUUUGAUCUCAUGCGACUAACCUGAUUAAAGAAAGGUUAAGAAAAUAAAGAAUGUUUUAACUCAGUGAUCAAGUGUUGUAGGCCUACCGGAAAAAACCCGAGGCAGUACACGCUUCGGAGGCUGUGGGCCGUGACCACGCCCUCUGAGCGUGACGGUAUAGGCUGUGAUUAUAGAUACAAUACAACUACAGCUCCGUAGACGAGAAAAGGAAGCGGCGACACCCAAGAAAUCACAACUUCUUCUGCAAGGAAUUCAAAAUAUAAGCUAAAAUGGGGUACGGAGACAUCACGCAGGUAGAAACGUCCGGAGCGUCCAGCAAAACUUCGCGACAGGAUAAACUGGAAUACGACGGUGUAAGGGCAUCGCAUACAAUGGCUCAAACCGAUGCUGAGAGAAUGGAAAGAUAUAGGUCCAUCAUUAACAAUGUGGCGAAAAAGCAUCAUGUUGACCCAGCUGUCAUCGCUGCCAUCAUCUCCAGAGAGUCCCGUGCCGGGAACGUCAUCUUCAACACUACCCCCCCUGGUUGGGGGGACAAUUAUAAUGGCUUUGGACUGAUGCAGGUUGAUAAGAGAUACCACGAACCGAGAGGAGCUUGGAACAGUGAGGAGCACAUUGACCAAGCCACUGGGAUCCUGGUUAAUUUCAUUCAACUGAUCCAGAAGAAGUUCCCCUGCUGGAGCACAGAACAGCAGCUGAAGGGAGGGAUCGCAGCCUACAACACUGGAGACGGUAGAGUCGAAUCUUACGAGAGUGUGGACUCACGCACCACAGGAAAAGACUACUCCAAUGAUGUGGUUGCCAGAGCCCAGUGGUACAAAAAAAACGGGUUUUAGAGGAAUCCCUCUUGGGCAGCCCAAAUGUUCUGUAUUAAAUAACAAAUUAUAAUUAUCAUAUGUUAUCAUUAAAUAUGAUUGUUUAUGUUUAAUAGUCACUAUAUAGUCAAAAAAUAUCGUUUACCUUUUUUUAAUUCACUCAAUAUCUUCAUAAAGAUGGCUUUUCUAAAAUAUGUAAAAAUAUCAGUAGGCAUUAUACAUUGAAGUACAAUGUGUGACUUAUAUACAAACUGAUUUCAUUCGAAUCCAAUGUGUUGUAAUUGAUAUACCAUUAAAUAAAAAUGUAUGUGCUUCCUUAAUACACGGAAAGCUCCAAAAACGUGGUGGUUA